AUGUCUUCAACCAAGUUCCUCAUCUCCAUCAUCCUCGUCGCUCUAGUAAUGCAGGCAUCGGCAGCUGGGAACCGUCGUCUCCUUAACAUCCCGGGCUUUCAGUUUCCUCCCUACAUGAACAUCCCAACUCCCGUGUUGCUGCCACCGCUCCUCCCUUCCCCGACUAACAUUCCACCCGUGGUGUUCCCCAGCACCCCCCCUUCCGAUCCGACUAGCAUUCCAGUACCGGCGGUGUUCCUGAGCAACCCCCCUACCAACCCUACACUCCCCAAUGUUCCCACCGUCUUUCCACCUCCAUCAGUUAUCACUACUCCUUAA